AUGGCCGACUUGCUGGAGCUGCUGGCUCCACAUCUCGAUCCAAGUCAUUCUCACGAUGUGACCACCGACAAAUACCUCAAUCGCCUAUCCACCUUGUCCCUGGACGCGCUCCAAACUACGGAACCCUCAUCCCUCGCCCAAUCCGCCCACUCGACCCUUCUGUCCCUUCAAGCCCUAUCGAACCGUUCACACCGAGCAUUGAUCACAUCUGCCGAUAAUCUGUCAACGUUACGUACAUCUAUUCCGCAAUUGACCCACGAGGCGCAACAGCUCCGCCAUGCCGUCCCAAAACUCGACGAGGAGGCCGUUGGGUUCUCCACCAAAUACAGUAAGAUCACAGAUAAUGCCGCCCUGGAACGACGGAAAAAGGCCAUGCAGCUGUCACGUAAUGUUGAUCGACUGUCUGAUAUCUUGGAACUACCGAGUCUGCUGUCCAAAGCAGUCUCCGCCGCCUCAACCAACUCCGGCACUGGCGCCUCCUCUACGACCUAUUCUUCUGCACUCGACUUGCAUGCACAUAUCAAGCGACUUCAAACAUUAUACCCCGAAUCACCAUUGAUUCAAGAUGUAGCAUCUCAGGCUGAGGAUGCUAUGAAGGACAUGACGAGCAAUCUGAUCAUCGGGCUCCGGGCCCAGCACCUACGACUUGCAGCUGGAAUACGAACUGUGGGGUGGCUGCGGCGAGUAUCCCCGGACCUUGAAAUGCUUCAGAGUGACGGGGCCGCCGGGACUGGAGAAGGCGCUCUUGGGGCCAUCUUCCUAGUCUGCAGACUGGCGCAUUUGGUAUCCACCCUUGAAGCUCUGGAUCCCCUCCGAGAGCUAGCAGAUCAGGAGACCCAACGGAGGCUCGGCGGCAAGGACAAAUCAGACACGACCUCGUGGUCUGAUGGUCAGCAGACUGACCGCUACCUAAAAAAAUACAUCGAGAUCUUCCGUGAGCAGAGCUUCGCAAUUGUCUCCCUAUACAAGAAUAUAUUUGAGGAGCAAUCCGAAUCCGACAUUGCUACCUCGGGACUACGAGGUGCAGACGCCCACUUCAAGUCCAAGUCCAAGCCAGCACACUCAGAUGACCCUUUGCAACGCCUCCCGCCGGCUUUGGCUACUUUUCCGAUGCACCUUGUGCAAUUGCUUACGGAUACUCUGCGCACAUAUCUUCCCAACGUCCGAGACCGAAGUUCGAGGGAAAGUCUUCUCACCCAGCUUUUGUACUGUGCUGCCAGUCUUGGUCGCCUUGGCGGUGACUUCGGCAUGAUUUUGACAGAGCUGAGCGAGGAGGAAGAUACCGACGACAUGGCCUAUGAAUGGGAGGAGGUCAUGCGCAAACACCGAGCGUUGGCGGGACGUCUCGAAGAGCUGACCAGUCGCGUGUCUGUAAAUUAA